AUUGGCUGGAAGCUGCAGAAUAUUGUUGUACAUCUAAAUCUUCUUCAAAUGUUAAAUAUCCAUGCCAUGCAUGUUUAAUUGAAAAAGAUCAUUCAAAAAAAAGCAAUGAAGAAUUUAAUGAAACAAAAGAAUCACAUAAUUCAAAUGAAGCUAAUAUUGAACCAAAUGAUGGAAUAGUUCUUUUAUCUAUUACACAAGUGCCUUCACAAAAUUUUUUCAACAAUAGUGUUAAAUCAUUAUCUGAUAAUAACAGAUUUUAUUUGGAUAACAAUGCAAAAAGUUCAGAUGAAAUGAAUAGUAAUGUUGAAGAUGAUGUUGAUAUGGGUUUACCAAAAAGAGGAGGAAAUGAUUAUAUUGCAAUGGAUUUAAUUAAAGAAUUAAAGGAAAAUAAAAAUCAUCUCAUUAAAAUUUCAAACCAAAAUGAAAAAAUAAUAAAAUUACUCCAAGAACAAAAGGAUGUCAUCAAUUCUUUGAAAAAUGAACAAAUUCCUUCAAAGAAACAUCCUUCUUGUUGGAUUGAUACUAACUCUUUAUUAAUUAAAGAAGCUACUUUAAGAAUGCUAACAAUCCAUCAAAGAGAAAAAAUUAAAGAAUUGACAACUUCUGGGAGUUGGGAAAGCUUUUUUCAAACUGGAAAAAUUACUCCUGAAGAAGAAAGCAAAUUUAAAGUAGCUAAAGAAGAGGAAGUUGACAGGGAAACUUAUUGGAGAAGAUUUGGAAACUGA